AUGCUCCCGUAUCGCACAGACUAUGGAUUGCGCGGCACAUCAGACGAUGUGCAAAGGUUGCUAUCGCAACUAAUCAUGCUGAACGGGCUGUGCACAAAUUCAGAUGUGCCCGGUACAGAGAAGAUGGUGGUCACUUCGUUGGAUGAUGGGUGGCUCAAAAGCCCAAGGAACUUUUUGUCUGUGAGCGACAUUGGCGCACACAAAGGUCUCCUGCCUCCUGAGAGCGUCUUCAUGGUCAAGGGCUGGAACAGAGGAGUCUGCGGAAUCAUUUGCAUGCUGGCGGCCGUGGAGUGUGAGGAUCUGCGGAAGGCUAUGCCAGACAGUGUAACAAAGUCAUUUUCCAGCAUCUAUUGCACAAAGAUCUCGCCAGACAUUUCUGAAGCGAUCAAUUGUAAUAGAGGAGUGACAUUGACAAGCACAUCAAUCAGGAGAAGGCCUAAUGCGUUCAAUCUCGUCCAUCAAAUGCAAGCGAUGCAGCGGGGAGGGUACAGUGGUGAAACCGCAUUGCAGAACUUACAGGUGCUGAACAAUGCAGCUUCAUUUGCCGCUGCUUACCAAAUUGGUCGCACAGAGGCUGGUGCAGCGACGAACCUUCUGACGGCGGUUUCGGAGAGCACCCGGGAGCAGUUGAUGGAGCUAGUCAGGAUAUUCGGCCAACCCAAAUUUCUGCUACAGGACCUUGUGGAUACAAUGAUCAAACGCAUGCGGCUGGACUUUGAGUCUCUGAACGCCAAGAUGCGGAAGCCAUGGAAUCAAGUCACGCUUGAACAGCUUCAGCGAGUUUGCGGUGGCUAUUGCGCAGCGAUGGCCCGGUUCAAGGAGCUGGUUCCGAACAAAUACUAUGAUGAUGUGAAUUCAGAGAUCUGUGCAACGUUUAUGAAUCGUCACACCGAUGCCGAUGUGUUGAGCAUGCUGCAGAACUCAGUUCCCCCUAUUGACAUUGGGAGAAUCGAUGUGUUCAAGACCCACCUGGCAAAGUACCACCAGAAGGUAGAUGAUGACAAAGCAACCAAAGCAGCGGAGCCUCUUGGCGAAAAUCCGGCUCAUUUCGUCACCAUAUUUGUGGGUCGCUCAUAUCAAAACAUGUGCCCCAGUCUGACUUCAAAAAAUGAUUCAUGUCUUUUACGGCUAACAUAUGCUUAA